UCGAUGACAUUUCUCUGACUGCAAACAUCAGACCAGGCCAACAUGUUGUCCAUCCCAGAUCUGAUCAGGAAGAAGAGAGAUGGAGAAACGCUGAGCGAAGACGAAAUCAAAACAUUCAUUCGGGCCAUAACGACCAAAAACAUCCAAGAAUGUCAGACAGGCGCCAUGCUGAUGGCGAUCUGGCAGAAGGGAAUGGUCAACUCAGAGACCAAGACCCUGACCAGGGAGAUGAUGUCAUCAGGGGAAGUGAUGUCAUGGCCAAAAGAGUGGGUGGGGCAUGUGGUUGACAAACACUCAACAGGUGGGGUGGGAGAUAAAGUCAGUCUGGUGUUAGCUCCCGCGCUAGCUGCCUGUGGCUGUAAGGUGCCGAUGAUCAGUGGGCGGGGCUUGGCUCAUACGGGAGGAACGCUGGAUAAACUGGAAUCGAUUCCCGGAUUCAACAUCAGCCAAUCAACAGAGCAGGUUCAGAAGAUCCUGAGCUCAGUGGGCUGCUGCAUUGUGGGACAAACCGAGAAGUUGGUUCCUGCAGAUCGAGUCCUUUAUGCCCUGAGAGACGCAACCAGCACCGUGGACAGUUUACCGCUCAUUACUGGCUCUAUCAUCUCAAAGAAAGGAGCAGAGUCUCUGUCUGCUCUGGUGUUGGAUGUAAAGUUUGGACGAGCUGCUCUGUAUAAAGACCUGGAGAGUGCUAAAGAACUGGCUCUGUCACUGGUGAAUGCAGGAAACGGUCUGGGCAUGCGGACGGGGGCGAUACUCAGCAGUAUGGACUCUACGAUUGGUCAGUGUGUGGGAAACAGUCUGGAGGUCAUCGAAUCUCUGGAGACGCUGAAGGGGAGAGGACCUGAAGACCUGAUGGAGCUGGUUACCACCCUCGGCGGCGUGCUGCUGAUGAUGACGGGAUUGGCGUCGAGCCAAUCAGAAGGAAUCCGGCAGAUUUCCGAGGCUGUGAUUGGCGGAGCGGCUCUUUCUAAAUUUGAGGCGAUGAUGGAGGCUCAGGGCGUAGACAGAGAGGUGGCUCGCUCCCUCUGCUCCACCCAAACCGACUACUUCAAAAUCCUGAGGAAGUCGAAGCACCAGACCGAGCUAAAGACUCCUGAAGACGGCGUCGUCAUGGAGAUCGACGGUUUGACUUUAGCCGAAGUUCUUCACAAACUGGGGGCGGGACGAUCGAAGGCCGGAGAACCUGUCAAUCACAGCGUGGGGGCGGAGCUACUGGUGACACUCGGUCAGAAGGUCACGAAAGGCGUGUCUUGGCUGCGUCUCCACUACGAGGAUCCGUCUCCGUCUGCCGAGCAGCUGCAGCGUCUGCAGAGCGCUCUGACUCUGACUCUGACACACACACACACACACACACACACACGACCGAGCCUGGUCAGAGAGCUGCUGCUGCCUCACUAACACACACACACACACACACACACACACACACACACACACACACACACUCACACACACACACACACACAC